AUGGAUUGUGGAACAGUGUGUCCGAUCUGUUUUUCAGAGUAUACAUCUGCUGGAGGCCACAGGAUCGUUUCUCUUGGAUGUGGACACUUGUUUGGAAGCCAAUGUAUCCAGAAGUGGGCAGGCAGAAAGGCUAAGAUUCAAUGUCCAAUAUGCACCACAAUAACAUCUUGCAAGCAGAUUAGGCCAAUAUAUGCAUUGAAAGUUACGGCAGUUGACAAUUCAAACGAGCAGAUGCUAUAUGAAAGAUUGCAAAGUGAGGAAAAAGUAAAAAUGGAAUUCAUGGAGAACAACAAAAGCCUUUUGGCACAGAUAGAGCAGCUCAAAUACGAUCUCAUGAUUGCAAAAAGCAAGGUUUUGAAGGAUCCAUGUACUGAUUUGCAUAGAAACAGAGAAUUUGCAAUUCUAACAGGCCUGAAUUCGUUCGGCACAUUGAUAGAGUAUGAUGAGUCUGGAUGUAUUAUGAUUCUUACAUACAAGCAAGGCAAUGCAGUAGGCAUACGUAAGUUUGGAUGCUAUGACUUUAGUAAAAAAGAGACUGUUUUACUUGGUGAAUGCUCAGAAAUACGUGCAAUCGCAAUGAGUCCUUUUGCAGACGGAGUUGGUUUAGUUGCUGUAGGCACGGUUUUGAAUGUUAUUAAUAUAUACAGCGCAGAAGUUAUUUUGAGAUGUGAUAUUGAAUGUGCAAUAUCAAGUAUGUGCUUUGAUGAAGAGGACAGAAACAUGGUAUAUUGUGGAGAUGAUAGUGGAUGUAUACAUUUUGUCUGCCUCUCACAGGCACUGGUGCUUAAAAGCAUCAAAAUAUGCAAGACAUCUAUUCAUUCGGUGUUUAAAAAGGCGAUGUAUGUGUUUGCAUGUACAUUUCAUAAUGCAUAUAAGGUUCUUUUUUCUGGAGAAUGCAUUAAUUAUGAUCUAGAUAUGGAGCCUUAUUCCAUUUGUACAAACAUGUAUGGACGCACAGGCCGUGCUCUUUUUACACUUCGUGAUGCGGAUUUUGGAAUAAGGCACUUUUUAUGCUCCAGAAAGGAGGUUUAUUUCAGGACAGGUAUUAAGCAAAUAAGAAGGCACAGAGACAGAAUAUAUGGAGACUAUCUGUAUGUGUGCGAUGAUAAAUACAAUUCGAUCAGAGUGAUUGAUAUGCACUCACUUGAAGCAGUAUAUACAUACACUUUCAGGGAGCAAGUCCUAGAUUUCUGCAUUACCAAAUAUUUAAUGUUUAUUCUAACAAGGUCUUUAGUCCAUGUGUUUUCUGGAAACUAUUCUUUCAAAAACAAAAGCCAGGUUUUUAUUGAUUAA